CGGAUUCGAAAAUCAAUAUAAUAUACUACACAUUUUAAGAGCCACUUCAGAGAAACUACGUACUUGCAUUGGAACGCGCCGGGAAAACUAGAAACUUCCGACGUGAUCACGUGAUCGUCGGACGCAGCGAAAUGAAAACCGACGUCGGGAAAUCAUUYGUCGUGUGCUUGUUUGUGCUGAUAGCGAGUAGCUCAUGUUUCCAGGAGCACAUCCAAGCACUAACAGCAAAAGUGAACAGACCGCCAGGGAAUGUACCGCGCGAAAGAAUCAGUUCUACUUCACCRUCAUGGGAGUCCAAUGGCAAUGAAGUAGGAAGGUCUUGUACGUCACAAUGCAGUUAUAGCAAUGAAAGAUAUCGUUUAUUUGGGUACGACUUGAGAAACUUGGUUACCAGAAUUGCAAACAACUGGUGGAUAAUUGUUGUGUCAUCAGUUCUACCAUUCAUUGUCUUCUGGCAGAUCAAAUACAAUAUGAGACAUAAUCUCCACGACUGGGAAAAUUCUAUCAUUCAAAAAGAAAAGGCUGACACCCAUUCCAGACGACUAACACUACCAGAUUUAACUUUAGCUAAACAUGCUCGAAGGGAGUCAUUGGCUGAAUCUGCCCAAAAACACAUGAAUCAUCCAAAAAAGAUGCCUCAAUGCAACAUUUCACAAUUUAAGAAUAUGAGAAAAAGUUCAUUUGAAAAAAAUGAAGAACUGAUAGGGGACUCAAAGAGAGUUCACAUAAUUAGGCGACGCCAUUAAUGAUUUGUUUAGUACUUAAGUAAAAAUGUUUACAUUUUUAUCUAGUAUGUGCCAAUUUUUUCUGAGUCAGUAUACCCAAAUAUUGUAAACUUAAUUUCAAUAAAUAUAAAAGUUGUUGAAGACUAAA